AUGUAUCGUCUGCAAGUAUGUAACAUCUAUCGCUCCUCUAUCAUAAUAAAUAGAAUUAACAGUCGUCAAUGCGCCUACGCGACCACCCCAAAAUCCACCCCCAAACUGCGCGUCGUGCUCUACCGCGCCCCGGGCUCUAUCUCAUUCUUUACAUCCGACAAUGAACGACAAUCGUUCAAUUUCUUCCUCCACCAGACGAGAUAUCGCUUCCCCCUCGACUUCUCGCACCCCGUCCUACGAGCCUCACAUACCGAAGAAGCGCUCGCCCGCGCCAUCAUCUCCUUCAGCGCCCUCCAACAACUCUACGAAUAUGGCGACGACCCCCACCUCCAAACCCCCUUCGGCCAAUUCGCCAUGCGCCAGUACGGCAAGGCUAUCCGAAUCCUCAGAUUAGACCUACAAACCCGCACCAGCGAUAUCACCCUAAUCUGCUGUCUCCUGUUCGCAUGCUUCGAAUCAACCCGCGGCUGUCGACGCGCAGCAGUUAUCCACAUCAAAUCUGGUCUGGAAAUCCUCCAACAAAGCCAAAUCCAAUUGCCCUGGACCGUCGUCUCCCAACAAACCAUGAAAUUUCUCUUCACGAGACUAGACAACCAGCUUGUCGGUCUUCUGGGCACUUCUCUCUCCCGAACCCUCAAGCAAGGCGACGCCCGACCCUCCUCAGUCCUCGCCCAGAUCCACCUCAACUCCAACCAAAAAGAUGUCCAUCAUUCUCUAGAUGGAGUCCUGAACUAUAUCUUCCACGAAAGACUAGAUAUGGCGCUAGCCAUCCAGAAUCACCCCGUUCCGGUUCCCAAUCGGCCCGUGGAGAGAAGCCAAACGACCCAGUACCUGAAGGGAUGGUACAAGCUUUUCACGCAGAUAAUGCUAUCCCCGCACCGUGAGACGGAGGCCGAGAUAAACUAUAUGUACGAGGACGAUCACGAUCUCAUGCGGAUUUGGUAUACGGUGGGCAGGAUGUAUGAUGUCGUGACGCGGGAGCAAGAUUCCGAGAAUGUGUGGGAUCGUUUUUUGAGUGAGUUUGAGACGAUUGUUGUUCUUGCGGAGAAGUAUUUGGGUCGGAUGAGUCAGUGUCCCAGGAAACGGAUGUUUUCGUUUUCGCUGGGCGUUGUGUCGCCGUUGUAUGUUGUUGGUGUGCGGUGUCGGGAUUCGGUGCUUCGGCGGAGGGCGAUUUGGUUGUUGGAGAGUUGUGAGCGGAGGGAGAUGCUUUGGGAUUCGAGGGCUACAGCUCAAACGGCGAGGAGGGUAAUGGAGCUCGAGGAGGCGGCGGCUAUAGAGCAGAAAUCUGUCGGUUGGAGGGUCAAGAAUGUGACUGCGGUUUUAGACGAUGAGGAUGGGGCGGUUGUGGAAAUUGAAUGAUAUGUAGAGGUUUAGUAUACGUAGUGAGGGCAUUGGAAUGCGUUUAUUGGUUUACAACCUAUGUUUCUGAUGAGAAACGAGGUCAGC